AUCGUCUGCAGCUCCCGGGAGGCGCAGCGGGUGCAGGAGAUCGCGGCCGCCUGCCAGGACCAGAUGCGCGAGGUCCUGGGCUUCCUCGACUUCUUCUGCCGCUGGCAGGGCCGCGCCAGGCGGGCCGAGGGCGCCGCCAAGGUGAGCCAGGCGGUGCUGAGGGCCACGGUUCAGAAGCUGGCCGAGAGCCUGGAGUCCUGCACGGGCGCCCUGGACCGGCUCAGCGAGCAGCUGGAGGCCGCCGUCCGGCUCCGCGCCGGGCCCAGACGUGGCCGCGACCUCAGGGUCUCCGCGGACCAGCCCUCGGCGUUGUGUUUCUGAGAACAUCCUUUGUCCUAAUGACCGAGGGCAGGAACCAUCCCUGUGGGUGCUCCGGGUGUGCAGCUCCCGCAGGGAACCGCCAUCCUGCGUUAGGAAGGGAAUGCAAAGGAUGGGAAAGAAGUGCGGGGCUCUCAGCCCUUCUCGGCCCAUCCCUGUGACAUUCUGCUGGGGUCGGCGGCCGAGGACUGUUUCAUUUCCUGAUCCUGGUGGACUGUGUGACCCGAAAACUAUUUCUCCUUUAUCAAAACCAUCCAGCCUUCACGUCGCUGGGCGCUCCUGUUUUAAGUUGUUGGGUGGUCCCUGCCCCUGCCCCAGUGGUUUGAGCUGAGGCUGAAAAGGGUGCAGACAUGGCCACCCUCUGGGUCCCCUCCAAGCCCUGCUAGGCUUGGAGGCCCUCAGAAUGCCUGUGUGAGGAGACACGCGCUCUAAAGCCUCUCUUCCAGAGUUUCUGAGCACAAAGACCUCCAGGGUCCAGAGCAAAGUGACCCCCUCCGAACAGUGUAGGAGGGGUCAGCACCCAAGAGAGGCCCCUGGCUCUGGCACGCGGUCCCCUCCCCUCCCAGCUUAUCCACUCAGGGGUCCGUCCUGGGGAUGGAGUGGACCUUCCUGGGUGGCUUCAUAUCCAGACUCUGAGAAGGGAAACCAACCAGUCCUUUAAGUGCUGCCCCUUGCAGGAAGAAGCUGAGACCAAGGAAUAUGACAUAACAGCUUCAUUUACUGACAUCAUAGUGUAGAGAAGAGAGCAAUGGCUUUGAGUUAGAUAGUCCCGGGUUUAUUACAAACUCUGUCACUACUGUGAGACUUGGCUUCCAGGUUAGUAAAAGAGAGAUGCUAAAACCUUACUCUGUUGUGAGAAUUAAGUGAGAUCAAGUGCCUAGCACAAUGUCUGGCUCACAAAGAGUGGCCCCUGGACUGGCAGCAUUAGCAUCACCAGGGAACUUGUUAGAAAACAAAUUCUUGGACUCAACCCCAGACUUAGGGAAUCAGAAACUCUGGAGGUGGGGCCCAGCAACCUGUAUUAAGCAGGCCCUCAGGGUGAUACUGAUGCCUACAAAGGUUUGAAAAACACUGCAGCAGAUGUUAGUUUCUGAUCCCCUCAGUGAGCUUUCACUAAGUCUUAGGCCCUCUUUAGGAGCCCCAUGGUCUUCAGAGUCAUUCACUGAAGGUCAAGGACACACUAUGUCCCAGAAGUAAAAGGAAGUGUGUGCACUGGUCAAUGCAUCCUGGGUCACCUCCCCAUCAUGUUAACUAAGGGAUGUAACACAAUAAGCCCUUUAGAGGGCAGUGUUGCCCACUCAUUGUAGAUACUGGUACCGAAGGGAAUGUGAAUUUAUUGGAAAUUGACCUUUGUUACCUUCUCUGAAAACUGCUAGACCUCGUAUUUGUUUAAUUUAUUUUAAGUUUUUAAUUUAAUUACUGUUUCUUA